UGUGUGGAGAUGGACGCGAAUAUUCCCUGAGCCAGUACUGGGAAGAUUUCGUCAAGGUCUCUCUCCCACUAUUACACUUACUCUCUCGUUAAAUCAGACACAAAAAGGCUAACAAACCACUUGCGCUGCUUACAGAGGAAGAUGUGUUGAUGAAUGCAAGAAAUGUGUCUCUCGGUGUAGUGAAAUGACUGAAAAAAAAGACUGCGUGCUGUGCCGGAGGAGGAUGUUCGUCGAUGAUCACCACAUCAUCCCAUAGAAGAUCAAGUCGGCGUGAUUAUCCCGCGACGAGAAUAAAAAAAAAAUAAACGACGGACUUCUGAGUACAUUGCGUGGAAACAAAAGGCUUUACGGAGAGGGUAACACGAAGGAGGAAGAAACGCUUGGCCUGCUAGAAGUGACACCUGACGAACAUGCAGGGGGUAAAAGAGGUGCCAUCCCACCACCACUCAAUAAUACAGCGACUAGCCGUCCUAAUAGUCACCACCGUGAUCUUGGUGACGCUGGGGGACCUGUUCUACCUGAACGUGGCCGUCAAACCCACUACCCUGUCGAGUGCCAACAUGGGAGAAGGAAGCCCCGUAACACAGCGCCACCUCCAGCAGGGCAGGAUUUUCACAAAGGCUACGCACGAACGCCUUCCCGUAAGACAGAUCCAACCACCAGAACACGAACUCACUACGACAAGAGGCAGCUACGGCAAAGAAGGGUACAGACUCACCAGUGCAGGGCUUGGAGUCAGCACCGUCAGCCAGCAAGGCGCCCAGCAGGCAACCACGGCACACGAUGGUCAGUUUCCUUUCCGGUACGUCAUCAAUGAACCCCAGCUGUGCGCCAAUAUUUCCAACCUGUACAUCAUCAACCUCAUAGCCACUGCGCCACAGGACCACGAGAACAGAACCAUGAUCAGAAGAAUGUGGGGGAAUAAGAUGUGGACGAAGAGUACGGGCUUCAGGACGGUCUUCCUCCUCGGCGAGACAGCGAACCCACGUGUGAUGGCGGCCGUCAGGGAGGAGAGCCACGCCCACCGCGAUAUCAUUCAGUUCUCCUUCCUGGAUUCGUACAACAAUCUCACUCUCAAGGUCCUCUCGGGGCUGCACUGGGUCGAGAAUUUCUGUCCUACGCCUGUCUGGGUCCUGAAGAGCGACGUUGAUUGUCUGGUGAACAUCUUCUCGCUGGCAAGGUUCCUCCAGACAUAUGACGAAGCGACAAACUAUACAAGAAGUCAAUUCAUAUGCAACACACGGUGGGCAUCCUUUCCCUGUCGCCCAGGCUGUGGCAAGCCUAAAUUUGAGGUCAACUGGACGGAAUAUCCUCCCCGCAAGUUCCCACCCUACUGCUUUGGUUCUGGUUAUGUUUUACCCAGGAGGAUGGUGGGGCCACUAUAUCAAGCCGCCAACAAGACCCACCCGUUCCGUCUGGAGGAUGUAUAUUAUACAGGCCUCCUGCCCGAGCACCUCCAGUGGCAGUCUGCCCACAGAAACAUAUACAAAAAUUACCCAAGGAGGCCACGAAUGUGGAAGAAAUCCCUCUCCACUAGCGAUCUCUUGAUUAUGGAGCUUGAGACAUACCUGGGUCCAAAUGCCACAGCCAAGGCAUGGCUUAACAUACUUCGAAAACAGGGUAUUUUGUUGAACCCGAAAUAUAUAUAUAUGGGCAAGGCUGAUUGAUCCCUGAUGUUCUUGUCCCUACCAUGUAUGUACUUUUUAAUGUUAUUUUUUAUACUCUGCCAUAGACUAUGACUGCAAUUUGUUCUUUUAGUAAAGUGUUAGCGUGUG